AUGUUGGAAGCACCGCUAAGCAGAAACUUCUCCCAUAGCACAUUUGUGUUACGAGGGUUUCCCUCGCUGCAGAAACACCGCCGGCUGUUGGCGCUGCCAUUUAGCGCCUCCUACCUGUUGGUGCUGCUUGGAAACUCGCUGCUGAUGUACAUCAUCUGCAGCGUGGAGAGACUGCACAGCCCCAUGUACCUCCUCAUUUGCACGCUCUGCUUUGUUGACAUCCUGGUUGUGACAACCAUCAUCCCCAACAUGCUCCUUGGCUUUCUGUUCAACUGGAAUGAGAUCUCAUUGGUCGGCUGCUUGACUCAAAUGUUCUUCAUUCAUUUCCUGUCCUCAGUGGAGUCAACCCUGUUGUUGGCAAUGGCACUGGACCGCUACUUCGCCAUCUGCCGGCCACUGCGCUACAAUGAAAUAAUUAACUCCGCCAUGCUGGUGAGGCUAGUGCUCUUCACGCUGGUGCGCAGCGUCUCCGUCAUGGCGACGCUCGUAGGUUUGGCAGGUUCUCUGCAGUUCUGUGGUUCCAACGUAAUCCAGCACUGCUACUGCGACCACAUGGCGCUGGUCAGCCUGGCGUGUGACAGCACAAGCCGGAGCAGUGCAGCUGGCCUUGCUGUCAUCAUCUGCUUCGUAGGAGCUGACAUACCAAUUAUUUUCUUUUCCUACAUGAAGAUACUGAGCGUGGUCUUGCGAUCAGCAGCAGCCGGUGAAGACAGCAGGAAAGCUUUUCACACCUGCAGCACUCACCUCAUUGUUAUGAUGUGCUUUUACCUGGUGGGCAGCAUCACCUUCCUCUCUCACAACCUGAACAUCCCUAUACCAACAGAUAUCAACAAUUCCAUGGGACUCAUGUACAUCCUUUUCCCAGCAGCAAUCAACCCUGUCAUCUACGGAGUACGAACCAAAGAAAUCCGUGACAGCUUUCUGAGAAUUUUCAAAAACAGAGCAAAGAAAAUAAUGACUGUGAAGGUUUCGUCUGCUGGAAAAGGAAAAUCAUGA